AGGUGACUUGGUGAGAAAGGUCAUUUCUGCAAGACCAGUCAUCCAGGUACGACUGCGCAGAGUAUGGCAAACCUCGUGUGAUGGACAUGACCCUCAAGCUCCGUAUCGCAAAGGUUCGCAAAGGUUCGCAAAGUCGCCUCAUAGGGAAUAAAAAGGCUGCUCAAAUCAAAGGCUCUCUCCUCUAGAACUGCACUACAAAGCACUCCGUCGCGAGAAAACCUCAUCAACCUCACGGCCUCAACCAGCUCCUUCACGUUCGGUUCCAACCUUCUUCUCAGGCAUCAUGCAUCUUUUCAAGGCCGGCCUACCCGUCCUUGCCGUGUGUUCAGCUAUUCAAGCCAUCCCUGUCAAUACCGGCGAAAGAGGCGAUACGGCCUUACACCGCCACAAUGGUCUCAAAGCUUUAGACACGCGCCCAGAAAACAGAAGUGCGGGCGGCUUCGUGCCUCCUCACAUUCUCAGGAACAUCACUCGGAGUCCGUUUGCCACAGAAGACGAGCGGCGCACUGCAAAUCGGACCUUGUUGAUCGACGAGGAGCGGCGGGGGCCGGAGCAGUCGACGGAUCAAUCGGUCGCUAUUGAGACUCAACGAGAGGUGGCCGAUAUGACACCCAUGACACCCAUAUCGUAGUCUUACUUAGCGAGCAUCGCUGAAAGGGUCGCGUUUCAAAGUGUUCAGCUCGGACGCAGGGACGGCAGACUGUCAUCCGGAGACUCACUCAACUCGGCCUUUGCGAGCCCCGCAAGCCCGGCGGAAUACGGCCGAGUGUGGAGCUGGCGAUGGUCUUGGUGAAACAUCUUGUCCUAUGCGCCGUCUUUGGGAGGAGAAAGCAGGCAAUCCGUCGAACCAAGAGCCCACGAGCCCGAGACCAGCUU